CGACUUUUACCGGUCAGUUUAGUGUUUUGAUAAUUAUUAAUUUGAAUGAAAUAAUUAUUUUUACAGUAAAGUUGUGCUUUUAUCUUGAGAUAAUUGUGAAUUAAAUCAUAGUGCUUAAAUAACUAUGGAAGCACUCAUACCAGUUAUUAAUAAGUUACAAGACGUUUUUAACACCGUCGGAGCUGAUGCCAUCCAAUUACCUCAAAUUAUUGUAUUAGGAACUCAGAGUUCUGGCAAGAGUUCCGUUAUAGAGAGCCUUGUCGGACGUUCCUUUCUACCUCGAGGACCUGGCAUCGUUACACGUCGUCCUCUUGUUCUUCAGCUGGUAUACAGCCCUAAAGAUAGCAAGGAACAUCGCUCAGCUGAAGAAGGUACAAUAAACUUAGAAGAAUGGGGCAAGUUUCUCCAUACAAAAGAAAGAAUUCAUGCAAAUUUCGACGAAAUAAGGCAGGAGAUAGAAAGAGAAACCGAUCGUAUGGCCGGUAGUAAUAAAGGAAUAUGUCCAGAACCAAUCAACUUGAAGAUUUAUUCCACCAGAGUUGUCAAUUUGACACUUGUAGAUUUGCCUGGAGUUACCAAGGUACCUAUUGGAGAUCAACCGGAAGACAUAGAAAGCCAAAUAAGAAAUCUUAUUAUUAAGUAUAUUUCCAAUCCUAAUUCUAUAAUCUUAGCAGUAACAGCUGCCAACACUGAUAUGGCUACAAGUGAAGCCAUUAAAAUGGCCAAAGAGGUAGAUCCUGAUGGUAGGAGAACUUUGGCAGUUGUAACAAAGUUAGAUCUCAUGGAUGCAGGAACUGAUGCCAUUGAUAUUCUAUGUGGACGUGUGAUUCCCGUGAAACUGGGAAUCAUUGGUGUUGUUAACAGAUCUCAACAAGAUAUAAUAGAUAAAAAAACUAUUGAGGAUGCCCUUAAGGAUGAAGCCACAUAUCUUCAAAGGAAGUACCCGACGAUUGCAACUCGCAAUGGCACUCCCUACUUAGCCAAAACGCUGAACAGGCUUUUGAUGCACCAUAUAAGGGAUUGCUUACCCGAACUAAAGGUGCGAGUCAAUGUUAUGAUUUCACAAUUCCAAUCAUUACUCAACUCAUAUGGAGAAGAUGUUUCGGACAAAUCCCAAACUCUACUGCAAAUUAUAACAAAGUUCGCCAGCGCCUACUGUUCCACCAUAGAGGGUACUGCGAGGAACAUUGAGACCACAGAGCUUUGUGGUGGUGCUCGAAUAUGCUAUAUAUUCCAUGAGACAUUUGGCCGUACAUUGGACUCUAUACAUCCUUUAGUAGGUUUAUCACGUAUGGACAUAUUAACUGCAAUACGCAAUGCUACGGGCCCUAGGCCGGCGCUAUUUGUUCCCGAAGUCUCGUUCGAGUUACUGGUGAAGAGACAGAUCAGAAGACUGGAAGAUCCGUCACUACGUUGCGUAGAACUGGUGCACGAGGAGAUGCAGCGCAUCGUGCAGCACUGCGGCACCGAGGUGCAGCAGGAGAUGCAGCGCUUCCCGCGCCUGCACCAGCGCAUCGUGGACGUGGUCACGCAGCUGCUGCGCACGCGCCUGCCCGCCACCAACUCCAUGGUCGAAAAUCUAGUGGCCAUCGAACUUGCAUACAUCAAUACUAAGCACCCCGAUUUCCACCGCGAAGCCGCACUAGUCUCUGGUCUACUCAAGAGUACAGACGGGCUGGUGGAAGAACACAGCCCGAUGUAUCGGCAGAAGACACCUCGGCCGACUUCUACGCCGGUAUCCACACUUUUCAAACAAUUUCUUCGCCAAAUGGGUGAAAGAGGGUCCGUCUUGGUAUUGUUGGCAAAAAUGAUGGAUACGUACCAGCAUGUCCCGGCCAUCACCGACGGCCACGACAGGUCCCCGCCCAGUAACGAAUCUCCUGCCACUCCACAGGUGAAUGGUAGUCCAGAAAAUAAGGCGAUGACUCCACAGAAACCGGUCAAUUUGCUGCCUGAAGUCCCAAGCCACACUUCUAGGAAGCUCUCUGACAGGGAACAGCAUGACUGCGAUGUAAUCGGUGGACGGAGCGACCACACGACAUACCAAAAAUGUAAUACAAAGACUGUAGAAGGCAUCAGCAUGAUGCAUUUGAACCAAAUGGGUGAUUUAGUCGAACGGCUGAUCAAAUCAUACUUCUACAUAGUACGCAAAUCUAUCAAAGAUUCCGUACCGAAGGCCGUGAUGCACUUCCUCGUCAACUUCGUGAAGGACAACCUGCAGUCGGAGCUCGUGACGCACCUCUACAAGUCCGACCAGGCCGAGAACAUGCUCAACGAGUCGGAGCACAUCGCGCAGCGCCGCAAGGAGGCCGCCGACAUGCUCAAGGCAUUGCAACGCGCCAGUCAGAUUAUAAGCGAAAUCCGCGAAACACACAUGUGGUGAUGCUUGGCCGAUGAUGAUGACUCUAGUCUGUGAAAUAGUGAAUUUGAGCUCAGAGCUCUGUACAUACUCCUGUAACCUAGGUGAAUUGUGUAGGCACUUUACUUAUUUAAAUGUUCACACACCUUCGCUUUCAUAUUUAUAAUCUGCAGCUCUCUCAAUACAAUAAUUUCAUGACAAUCUGGCAUAGUAUUAUUUAAAAGCGAAUUUAUAUAAGAAAACCAAAUAUCAGAGCCAAGACAGAAUAAUUAUAUGAAAGUGAAUUUGUGUUAGCUGUAAUUAAAUACUUGAAUUGAGCUUCAUGCUUAAAAAUGCAGAAGCUUCGAACGUUUUCUUUUUUUUUCCAUAAAUUAUUCAAUUAUUAAUAAUUUGUAUGCGAAAUAUUCACGUGUCACAUAUAUUAUAUUCGUAAGAUGGAAGAUAAAACUAACUCAAGCAAUAUUAAACGCUAAGCCCUCAUCAUGAUUCGCUUGUGCAUGUAUUUGUUAGUCGCGGAAAAGGGAAAAUAAUUAAUAAAGGAGUUAGCAAGUUGUACGGUCGACCCCGUUGCUGAUGCUAUCCUAGUCUGAUUUGGAGGUUGAGUCGUUUAUGUGCUCGAUUGAUAAUUGCACUUAAGUAAGAUUUCCCUUACUAUAUAUAUCGACGCCCAAAGGGUUGCGUCGGGCCGGCUUAGCUAGUCUAUAGACUCUGUCGGUAGUGUUUCUUAAUUGCACAAAAAUAUUCUGCUUUUUUAGUUACCAUUUCGUUAUUAAUCAUGUAUUUGCGAUUUGAGUAGGGUAGUCUUAAAUUUCAUUAUACUUAUUUAGUAAUUAAUUCGCAGUGAUAUUAAUUGUAACUCCUGCAAUAUUCAUGGCAUUGAGUGUCCGUGGUUUUUUUUUUACCUAAUGUCGGUUCUGUAACGUGUCGUGUAUGUUCGAUUACGUGAAUAAAUUUUUCAUUCAUAUUUUUUUAGUAUACAGGGCUGGUGGUAGUUUUAAACAUCAUAGUUAUAUAGUUUGCAACGUUUUAAACGGAUCCAGAGUUCCUCGUGCACUACUUGAUAUUGUUAUGAUUUCGCAUGCAUCAAGUCGCAUUGUAUUUAUUAAAAAUUUUACUAUCGCCAAUUUAGAGAGUAGUAAAUAUUCCAAUGUUAGAAAAUGUAUUUAUUGUUAUAGUCCGAAGUGUGAUGUUCUUUAUGUACCGAUCGUAAACAAUUGAUGUUAACAUGUAUUUAAGUCUGUUAAAAAAUAUAGAAUAUUGUGAUGUA